UAAAAAAAAAAUAAAAAUGGCAGUAUGGACAUAUUUCUUGCGUCCGACUUUUUUUUGAGUAAAAAAGAAGUCGUAAACAAUGCGGAUUUGGCGGUUGGCGCGUAAAUUUAAACUUAGAUGAAAAAUGUAAACUAAUUAAAAAUUUAAUUAGGAUAAUGGAUUGGAUACACUGCAACAAUUGUUUUACUCAGUUAGAACCAGGAAUUACUCUUAAUUUGACAUCAUGUGGUCACAUGUUUUGCAGCAAUUGUUUAGAAAAUGGUGUAAAACAAAAUACUACGUGUUUAGUAUGUCGUGUGCCCUGUUCUACAAUGAAACUUGUUCCAGAUAUGAAACCAGAGAUACAGGAUUAUUUCACCGAGCCCGAAGAGAUAAUUAAAAAGUGCUGCGAAGUUUUACAGUUCCAGAAGCAGCAUCGUCGCCGAUUACUGUCUUAUUUGUUUCAGUCGACAAAGAAAUUCUACACAGCUCGUAAUGAACUGAAACGUAUGACUGAAUUGUGUCAAAAACAACACAAGCAAAUAAAGGAACAUCAGAGAAUGAUAAAACAUCUGGAGUGUCAAAUUGCUAAUCAGUCGAAACAAGCAUCUCCAUUUAACAUCCCAAUAUCACCGAGUUCCAACAUAUCUCCGAGUUUCAUACAAACCACACCGACAUACAAACGAACUGCUAAGAGUACGCCUUACAACGUAAAUCAGCCAUAUCAGUCGAAUCUCGUAACUCCAUUACGUAUAACUAAGCAGCGAAAUAGUAACUUCAGUUCUCAGAGCCAGAAAUCUAAUACAUCGAACAAGAUAUCAUCGACAGUCUUCACACCCCCCACUCCAGAGUCGGCAGGGUGCUUCUUAAGUCAAUGUAGCAAUGAAUCAGGAUAUCAUUCAAACAGUCCUCCUUCAGUGUCACCAUCUUUCUUAUACUGCAACGGCUUCAGCAGAAAUUGUUGUUUAAAUAAAAAAAGAAUGAAGAUUAUGAAGGCUUGAGAAUUAGUAACUAUAGUUAAAAUAUCAAAUAAUUUGUCUGUAUUUUGUGAAGUAAGAAGAUUAGAUAUUCAAUAACAUAAUGCAUGUUUUUCUUCAAUAUUUGAUUCACAAUAAAUUUGGAUAUGUG